AUGUCUAUUGAUAUCAACUGGGAUACACUGACCGGCGGCGCAGAUGGGGCCGCCCGCGCAGAGACAAUACGGGCUUUCAUUCACGACAAAUUCCAGCAGGUGACGUUACCGAAAUUCAUCCGAUCCGUCCACGUACACUCUUUCGAUUUCGGGAGCGCAUCCCCGGAAAUUGAGAUCAAGGACAUCUGCGAUCCUCUACCCGACUUUUACGAGGAGGAUGAAGAUUACCCAGACAACGAAGAUGAUGACGACGAUGAAGCGGGGCUCGACAGCAAUCCCCGCAACAAAUGCAUCACACGCAAAGGAACAAACUUCAAGUCAGUCGCGAUUAGCCUCGUCGCGCGUCAAUUCGAAACCUCCCACCAGUCAGCCUUGACACCGGGCAUUCCUGGUGGGACGUCUAACAUCAAUUACUUCCAUCUUCCGUUGAGUGCCGGCCUGUCUGGUGCAACCACGCCUCUGGCUGCCGUGGCCGGUGCUCAGCUGCAGGGCUGGCUCGACAAUCCCUAUGGUCGGCCUUCGACGCCGACAAAUAUGCGUCGACUUCGCCAUGCUGCGUCCUUUAAUUCUCUCACUUUGACACCGCAGUCCCAUCCAGACCCUAGCUCCCGACCGUCUUCACGGCACCAGCACGACGACGAAAGGAGAAGGUCCCUUGCCGAAUCUGACGACGCCUCGUCCCAGCAUGGCUACGACAGGACGCCGUCUGUGUCACCUCACCCCAUGCGCGAGAAAAGCCCCGAAGAUAUCCAAGUCGUCGCUCACGUGCAAUAUUCUGGAGACAUCAAGAUGUCACUUACCGCGGAGAUUCUCCUGGACUAUCCAAUGCAAAGCUUUGUUGGCAUCCCGCUGAAGCUCAACAUCACUGGCUUAACUUUCGACGGCGUUGCCCUGCUAGCGUACAUUAAGCGUCGAGCUCACUUCUGCUUCCUGUCUCCUGACGAUGCGGAAGCGCUGGUCGGUAGCGACGCCGGCUUCAACGGACUGCAGACUGACUCAAACGGUGAGAAUGCCCAACCCGUGCAGCGUCCCAAGAUCGGCGGGCUGCUGGAGAACAUCCGCGUUGAAAGCGAAAUCGGAGGACAGGGCUCUGGAAAGCAAGUGCUCAAGAAUGUGGGUAAAGUGGAGUCAUUUGUGCUGGAGCAAGUCCGGCGCAUCUUUGAAGACGAAUUUGUCUAUCCCAGUUUCUGGACAUUUCUUGUUUGA